GGGAACCACGCCGCCUCCCAGCCACGGUGAUACGCUUGAAGCGCGGACCUUUCAACCCGAACUUUAUUAAUUCUCACGCUAGGCCCCUGGAAGGCGAUGGAGGUGGCCGCUAAUUGCUCCCUGCGGGUGAAGAGACCUCUGUUGGAUCCCCGCUUCGAGGGUUAUAAGCUCUCCCUCGAGCCGCUGCCCUGUUACCAGCUGGAGCUUGACGCAGCUGUGGCAGAAGUAAAACUUCGAGAUGAUCAGUAUACACUGGAACACAUGCAUGCUUUUGGAAUGUAUAAUUACCUACACUGUGAUUCAUGGUAUCAAGACAGUGUCUACUACGUUGAUAACCUUGGAAGAAUUAUGAAUUUAACAGUGAUGCUGGACACUGCCUUAGGAAAACCACGAGAGGUGUUUCGACUUCCUACAGAUUUGAUAGCAUAUGACAAUCGCCUUUGCGCAUCCAUCCAUUUCACAUCUUCUACUUGGGUUACCUUGUCAGAUGGAACUGGAAGAUUGUAUCUCAUUGGAACGGGUGAACGUGGAAAUAGUGCUUCUGAAAAAUGGGAGAUUAUGUUUAAUGAAGAGCUUGGAAAUCCUUUUAUCAUAAUUCACAGUAUCUCAUUGCUGAAAGCUGAAGAACAUUCGAUAGCUACCCUGCUUCUUCGAAUAGAGAAAGAGGAAUUGGAUAUGAAAGGAAGUGGUUUCUAUGUUUCCUUGGAGUGGGUCACUAUUAAUAAGAAAAAUAAAGAUAAAAAAAAAUAUGAAAUUACUAAGCGUAAUAUUCUCCAUGGAAAGUCAGUGCCCCAUUAUGCCGCUAUUGAGCCCGAUGGGAAUGGUCUAAUGAUUGUCUCUUACAAGUCCUUUACAUUUGUUCAAGUUGGUCAAAAUCUUGAAGAAAGUAAGGAUGAAGACAUGUCAGAGAAAAUAAAAGAACCUCUGUAUUACUGGCAACAAACUGAAGAUGAUUUGACAGUAACAGUAUCGCUUCCAGAAGACUGUACUAAGGAAGACAUUCAAAUACAGUUUUUGCCUGAUCAUGUCAACGUUGUGCUGAAGGGUCAGAGGUUUUUGGAAGGAAAUCUCUAUUCAUCUAUUGAUCAUGAAAGCAGUACAUGGAUAAUUAAAGAGAAUAAUAGCUUGGAGAUUUCCUUGAUUAAGAAGAAUGAAGGACUGACAUGGCCAGAGCUAGUGGUCGGUGAUAAACAAGGAGAAUUUAUUAGAGACUCAGCCCAAUGUGCUGCAAUAGCUGAACGUUUGAUGCAUUUGACCUCUGAUGAACUGAAUCCAAAUCCAGAUAAAGGUAAACCUCCUUGUAAUGCUCAAGAGUUAGAAGAAUGUGAUAUUUUCUUUGAAGAGAGCUCCAGUUUAUGCAGAUUUGAUGGCAGUACAUUAAAAACUACUCAUGUGGUGAAUCUUGGAAGCAACCAGUACCUUUUCUCGGUCAUAGUGGAUCCUAAAGAAAUGCCCUGCUUCUGUUUGCGCCAUGAUGUUGAUGCCCUUCUCUGGCAACCACACUCCAGCAACCAAGACGAUAUGUGGGAGCAUAUCGCAACUUUCAAUGCUUUAGGCUACGUCCAAGCAUCAAAGAGAGACAAAAAAUUUUUUACCUGUGCUCCAAAUUACUCUUAUGCAGCCCUUUGCGAGUGCCUUCGACGAGUUUUCAUCUAUCGUCAGCCCACUCCCAUGUCCACUGUACUUUACAAUAGGAAGGAAGGCAGGCAAGUAGGGCAGGUUGCUAAGCAGCAAGUAGCAAGCCUAGAAACCAGUGAUCCUAUUUUAGGCUUUCAAGCAACAAAUGAGAGAUUAUUUGUUCUCACUACCAAAAACCUCUUUUUAAUAAAGGUAAAUACAGAGAAUUAAUUACUCCAACAUGUUGGCUUCUCUGUACUGGAAAAGUAUUCAGUGGUAGCUGGAAGGCUGGGCAGUUGUGCUGUAAUCUGUUAAGUUUUAUUGUGUUAAAAUUAUCUUGUAUGAAUUUAUUUUUUAAAGGAUAUUGGAAAUAUAUUUGAGAUUAUGAGUCUAUAAAAGCUAUGGAAUGAAGCUGCAAAUUUAGAGAAAAUUAGCUUCUGUAAAAAAUGUAAAGAUAGUAUUAGCAAGUAUAAUUAAUUUUUUUAAAACAGGCUAGAAUCUCAUCUUUUAUAUGAAAGAUGUACAAUUCAUGUUUAAAAAUAAAAAUAUUUAUCGUGUAUUCUUUGUUCACUGAUACAGUUUCUACUUCU